AUGCAGGUUUUGAACUUUUAUGUAAACCCAUACUUAAAUUUAUCAUUUGAUUUAUUACCAGUGGCAAACCAUUUUUGUAGAUAUUCCCGCCAUUGGAAGAUGAGCCGUGACAUUACCAGGCCCGAUGAACUCGCAUCUUUAAUACAGCUUCAAGAUCGUCUUCAAACGCAACAAGACGAAUUGUUUCGAAAACAACAAGAGCUUCAAUUUCGUGAAACUUAUGCGGGAACUGGAUCUACCAAGAGCUUUACCCAGGGGCUAAUCAUAGGUCAACUUAGUGUGAUAAUUUUGCUAGGUAUUUUUAUCAAGUUUUUCGUAUUUGCUGACUCGAGUACCACAUCUUCGACUUCUGGAAAUGGCAUUUCCUCCAAGACAGACGUUUCCAAUAUACUUGUAAAGAGGAAAAAGAAUGGCGACGGCGACGCUGGCUCCGAGGGACGCUCUGAUGAGGUGGAUACCAUACUAGAAAAGACCUAUUACGACGUUGACAAUCAUGCACCGGAAUCUUUAGACUGGUUCAAUGUGCUUAUAGCGCAAACUAUAUCGCUGUUUCGUUACGAGGCACUCCAGUCUGAUAAUAUCUACCACUCUUUGAAAGAGUUCUUAUCAAAACUGGAAUUACCAGACUAUUUGGGAGAUAUUCAAUUGACGGAAAUAGAUAUUGGCGAUGACUUUCCUAUCUUUUCCAACUGCCGCAUUCGCCCGAGUAAAGACUCCCAUGGUCGCCUAGAGGCAAAGAUAGAUGUUGACUUGUCUGAUACGUUGACCAUGGGUAUUCAAACCAAACUCAUAUUAAACCAGCCGCGGCCAUUGACGGCAGUUCUUCCCAUUCUGUUGUCAGUUUCAAUUGUGAGGUUUUCCGGUUGCUUAACAGUGUCAUUGAUCAAUACUAAUGAAGAAGAGUUCAGCGAACCUCGGGUUGCAAUGGACCUGCCCCAAUCUACGCGAGAUGAUAAUAGUGAAGAACCCAAUGGUACGGCUCUCCUUUUUUCAUUUUCACCAGACUACAGACUUGAGUUCAACGUCAAGUCACUAAUCGGCUCACGAGCUAAGCUCCAGGAUGUUCCCAAAAUUUCGUCCUUGAUAGAGCAUCGUCUCCGCAGCUGGUUUGUGGAAAGAUGUAUCGAACCGAGAUUUCAAGUGGUGAAGUUACCAUCUCUUUGGCCUCGCAAAAAGAAUACCAGACAGCCAGUAAGUACUACAGAAUCUGAUCAUUAA